UUCUCUCGGGCGCAUCUCCUUUAGCUGCUUGGGACGGGAGACCUUGGAGGGAAAAAAAGCCACGGGCUUGCCAAUUGCCUCGUUCAUUCCGGACCCCUCACCCCACUUGGUGGGGAAUCUUAUCAGAUGCGAACAAUCAAAAUCUUAUCAGAUUACGAGACGCAUACGGGAUUUGAAGCUUUCAUUGGACAUUCUCACCACCUAUGGAGCAACAUACUCUAGACUGGUCAAGGGUGAGCGUUCAAUCCGACUGCGGACUGCGGACUGCGGGGGAUAUCGUCAUCACGGAGGAAAAAUUCUGAUCUACCCACCCUACCUUGGUGGGAGCGCCAUGAGGGGUACUUAAAUCUUGUCGAUCUCCGCGAAGAGGCCAUGUUCAGCGCUGCUUUUCCUUUCUGGCCGACGUAGUCUUCCGGUCUCCUUAAGCUCCAUUAUCUACGCAAGUAUCACAGGGUCAAGAUCAUAGCUGUGGUGGAAACCAAAAUGGCUGAGACUCAAGAGAAACUCACCAUUGCCAGCCUUACGGCCAAGGUCAAUGAGCUCACAACAGAGAUCAACAAGUACAUCGAGGAGAAGAAGCUACCAACGCCUACUCUCAGCGCAGAUAGUGAACAAUUCUUCCCAGAGCUGUCGCCUGACCUUUUCUUCAAGCGACAAGUGCUUCUGGAUGCAUUGCAGGACCUGACCAUGCUGGUCCAGGGGCCGAGCGAGAGCAUCUUCAACUGGGUUGCCCAGGCUCCCUCCGACCUCUCAUCCCUCAACGUCCUAAACCACUUCAACUUCUGGGACGCGGUGCCUCUCGACGGCGACGCAUCCUACGCCGAGAUCGCGGAGCGCGUCAAGCUCCCAGUAGACGUCGUAACGCGCAUUCUGCUCCACUCCACCAACGUCAACCUGUUCGCAGAGACCAACCCAGGCAAAGCCAACACUCGAAUCAAGCACACAGCGCGUACUGCCGCGCUGGCGAGGAGCGAGGGUCUCCAGAGCCUCGUCCACUCCGCGCUCGACGAGCAGACGCCCCCAACUUUGGUCCUGAAGGACGCACUGGAGAGAUACAAUGUCGGCAAGAAGCAAUUGGCGACAAAGCAGGAGGAGACCGCCUUCGCGUUGCUGCACUCUGGAAAGCUCUACGAGGGCCACUCGUCGCCCUGGGAGUUCCUCGAGAGCGGUACGGGAUGGCGAAGCAAGAAGUACACUGGUUUCAUGAGGUAUCUUAAGGAUAUCUUCAAGCUAGACAAUGUCAUUCUUGAUCUCUGUGACUGGAAGGCCGCAGGCGCAGCACACGUGGUCGACGUUGGUGGCUCCGCCGGCCACGACGCCGUUGUCCUUGCGAAGACAUACCCCGACCUGAAGGUCACCGUCCAGGAUCUCCCCAACGUGGAGUCCGAAUUCGACAAGUACGUGCCCGACGAGUACAAGUCGCGCGUCACGUACUCGGCGCACAGCUUCUUCAACGAGCAGCCCGUCAAGGACGCCGACAUCUAUGUCUUCAAGAUGAUCUUCCACGACUACACCGAGGACAACAUCGUGCACAUCCUGAGACAGCUCACGCCUGCCUUGAAGCCGGGCUCCCGCGUCAUCUUGCUUGAGUACAUUGGCAACAGGGGCGAGUCGGAGAUCGUGCUGCCCAAGUCGAUAAGAUCGUGGGGAUCGGGCCCGGAUCUGAGGUUGAUGGCGCUCUUUAACUCCACGGAGAAGGCUGAGGGAGACUGGAGGAAGUAUGUCGAGGCUGCGGAUAAGCGCUUCGAGGUCCAGCCUUUGAAGACAGAUGCUCAGAAGAACUUCUACAUCAUCGAGGCUGUUUGGAGAGGUUAGAUUAUUGAUCACUUUCUAUAAUGAACCACGACACCAAUAGGGAUGAUAGUAUAAUGUUUGAAAUAUUUAUUUGUUUGUUAUUUCCAAUCUAAUUUUCUUUAAAUAUCUAUUAUUG